UGAGUAAGGGUUGGUUUGGCAACCAACUAAAAAAGUCAAAAAGUUACAAAGUCACUAAAAAGGUUAAAAAGCUAAAAACUAUACAAAAAGUUGAUGAUUCCUUUUUCGUUCUACUUUUUGCAUGUUUUCUCGUAAAAAUUCAAAAAAUCAUUCUACACAUACUAGUUUUUUUCACCUCAUAUUUUAGCUAAAAUGUUACUAAAAUACCAUUUUUCCAAACUAACCCUAAGUCAUAAAACAAAACUAUGAACUUAUAGAUUUACAAGGGAAUACCCCAAGCCCUAACCAACUAAACAGAGGAGCUUGAGAAGCUGAGAAAACAAAAUAAACAAGCUACCAAACCUAAAAUCCCCUGGGCACCACAAAAGUGUUCUAGGGCCACAUAUGAAGACACAUGGGGGCCUUGAACAACUCAACAUUCUAGGGAACAAUCAAAGAAGCAAAUCUUGCUUCUAACAUCAGAAGACAGCCAACAAGAAGAAAGAAAGCUUCCAAAGCACUACCCGCAAGGUAGGUUACACUAGAAAAAACAAAAGCGGCAGUACUAGAGCAACUUAACAUGAAGGGGGGCCUUGGACAGACACCAAAGCAUUGACACACUAUAUGAGGCAACAAAGAGGUAUACUUUUUUAUACACCCCAAAAGAGGAGGAACAGCCCAACAAAAGGCUAUAAAAGCUAUAUAGAACUCUACAAACCAAAAUGACUCUAAAAACAGAUAAUUGGAAGUAAGAAAGGUAUAAUAGAGUGUCACCAAUUGCGUGAGACGGGGGAAGUGUGUGUGUGUGUGUGUUAGAAAUGGUGAGAGGGGUUGGGUGAAAUUUUUUGGGAUGUGAUGACGGGAUCAAUGGAUGAGAUCAAUCAUAGAGAGAGAAUCAAUGAGUAAGGGAAUCCAUGUGAUCAAUGGUAAUAAAAGUGGCUAGCAAAAAAUGAUUGUGCUUGUCAUUUGCACCAGUGGUCCAAUAUUGCAAAAUUUGGCAUUUUGGCACUAUAGCAUGCCAAAUUAUAGUUUUGGCAUUUGUCAUUUCGGCAAUGCCCAGUGGAAUAGCUCUACCUUAACUAUUUAGAGCCAAGUUAGUGCUAUUCCAGACUGUUUGCCAUGGAUGGUCUGGGUUAUUUGAUGUAGUAAGGCAUGGGUUCCAGACUGUUUGCCCUGGAUGGUCUCGGUUCAAGUCAGAUUGGUUUAUUCUGAAUAGCAUAAUUUAAAAAAGAAAAGGGCAUCUUAGUGCAUGAGACUGCUGCUAAAGCAAGGUCUGAGGAGGAAAAUAUGUAUGUAGUUUUAGCCCUAAUUCAUGAAUAGUAUCUUAUGGUUGAGGAUAAGGACGACUGAGUUGUUGAACUUUAAUCUUUGUGCUGUCAAAUUAACCUAUAUUAAUUCUUGUGUUGUCAAUUUUUUUUCUAAGCAAGUGCUUGAGGGUGACUGAAUGCUUAAGUGAUUAAGCAUGCUACAAAAAAUAGUUCCAAGUAUCUUAGCCUUUGUUUUUAAAGUUCAUAAAAUUUUGGUGUUGAAGUUGUAUUAGUCUAGGCAUUGCAUCAGAUUGUGAGAGUAUAAUGGCCUCACACUUUUGAUCGUGGCAUGUAGGAUUUACAAAAUAAUUAAUGUAAUAGCCCAUGAGGGAACUUGUGAGUGACAUUUUGAGUGGUAGUACAUUUUAUAAGUAACUUCAUGUUCUGUAUGGGAAGGAUAUAUUAUGUCAAGCUCACUUUACCUGCCUACUGUCUAUUAGUCGUUGCUCUACUCAGCUUGGCUGCAGUUGUCUCUAGAGGUCUAUGCCCAAAUAAAGAAGAAAUAUUUCCGAAGAGAAACAAAGACAACGAAACCAAAAGAUAAUCUUUAGAGAACCUUGUAUUCCAAGGAUAAAUUGAGUUUGUUUAUAGAAUUUAAAGUGAAUUGAAAAAUGCUUGAAUGUUUCAAUUUUCAGCAUCUAUAUGUAUAUCUCACUUGCAAGGACCUUUAGUUUUUGUGGUGAUUUCACUUUAGAAUUGCAACUUCAGUUCCUUCUUGAGAUGCUUGUAGGGGGACUUCAUUUACAAGCUCUUGGAAUGUAUUUCUACUUGUUUGUGGAGAAGAUUCCAGAAUCAUUUCAGUCAGUCAAGCAUUACUUUGGUUCAUUCGUUUUUCCUUUAUUGGAGGAAACACGGGCAGAGUUGGCUUCAAGCAUGGAGAUCAUUCAUGAAGCACCUUUUGCUAAAGUGAUCUCACUCAAUGCGUGCGAGCUGUAUGGAACUUUGCAUUAUGAUAUUGAGGUUGAUUACUGGAGAAACAGAUUUAGCGACCGUGGCAAUGAUCCUUACAAAACCUUGCCCGGAGAUGUUUUUAUAGUUUCAGAUGCAAAACCCGAAACUGUAAAUGAUUUACAACAGGGUGGAAGGACAUGGACUUUUGCAACAGUCACUAAUAUCACAGAGGAUGAGACAGAGGAUGAGAUUGGAGAAGGGUUGGAGGAUGAGACAGAGGAUGAGACAGAGGAUGAGAAUGGACGAGGUAAUAAUUCAUCCACUUUUUUUAAAGUCAAAGCAUCGAGAGACAUUGAAGUCAAAGGUGGAAUGCGGCAAUCACUCUUUGUGAUUUUCUUGAGAAAUAUAACUACAAACAAAAGAAUAUGGAGUGCGCUACGUAAGUUUGGAAAUCGGAAGAUCAUCGAGAGAGUUCUUUGUGCUGAUUCUGAGGUUCAGAAGGAUUGCGAACUCUGUUGUGUCCGUAGUAGGUACCAAUUGACCAAAAGCGUUGGUACAAGUCUACUAUCUAUGCUGAAUGAAUCCCAAACGGAGGCAGUCUUGGCUGCUCUUCUUAAAAUGGAAUGUAAUCACAAGCCUACUGCAAAACUUAUAUGGGGCCCACCAGGGACGGGGAAAACUAAAACUGUCAGUGUUAUGCUUUUUGCUCUUUUGAGGAUGAAUUGCCGAACUCUUACUUGUUCUCCUACAAAUGUAGCUAUAAAUGAAGUGGCUUCGAGGGUGUUACGGUUGGUGAGGGAAUCUGCAAAGGAUGCUUUAUUUUGUUCUUUGGGAGAUAUUCUCUUGUUUGGGAAUAAGGAUCGGCUGAAAAUGGAUUCUGACAUUAAAGAUAUCUAUCUGGAUCAUCGUGUUAAAAAACUUAAGAAAUGUUUAGGACCAGUGUCUGGCUGGAGGCAUUGUUUUACUUCCAUGAUAGAUUUGCUUGAAGAUUGUGUUUCUCAAUACCACGUUUUUGUGGAAAAUCAAAAGAUCAUAGAAAAAGAACACCGCAAUCAAGAGGAAGUCGAAAAGGAAGAAUUCAAAUCAUUUCUCGAGUUUGUGAGAUCCAGAUUUAAAUCUACUGAAAAAUUGCUGAGAAAAUGUAUGUUUAUAUUCAGCACUCAUUUACCAAGAAGUUACAUUUUGGAACAUAAUUUCCAGAAAAUGGUAACUCUCUUUGACUUGCUUGAUUAUUUGAAAAGUUUGUUGUUUCAAGAGAGUGUUGUUUCUGAUAAACUCGAGGAUAUUUUUUCGCACCAAUAUCCAAUUGAAGAUUUUUCUGAAUCUUUUGCAAAUACACAAUCUCUGAUAUACACAAGGAGCAAGUGUCUUUUUGUUUUAAAAUCUCUUAAACAUUCUUUUGAAGACCUUGGCCUGCCAAGUGUUAUGAUCAAAGGUUCAAUUAAGGACUUCUGUUUUCGAACUGCUUCGUUAAUUUUGUGCACUGCUUCUAGUUCAUAUAAGCUAUAUUCAGUGGGAAUGGAACCAUUGAACUUGCUGGUUAUUGAUGAAGCUGCACAAUUGAAGGAGUCUGAAUCGACAAUACCCCUUAAACUUCCCGGUCUGAGACAUGCCAUUCUCGUUGGCGAUGAGUGCCAAUUACCAGCAACAGUUAUUAGUAAUGUUUCGAGUGAAGCUGGAUUUGGAAGAAGCUUGUUCGAAAGGUUGGGUUCGUUGGGUCAUUCGAAGCACCUUCUAAACAUGCAGUACAGGAUGCAUCCAUCAAUAAGUUCCUUCCCAAAUUCAGAGUUCUAUUUCAACCAAAUCAUGGAUGCACCAUAUGUUAUGAAGAAAAGUUACGAAAGACACUAUCUUUCAGAGCCAAUGUUUGGUCCCUAUUCUUUCAUAAAUGUAGUUGGUGGUAAAGAAGAAGUUGAUGAUGUUGGGCGUAGCCGGAGAAAUUGGGUAGAGGUUGCUGUUGUUGUGAAGAUAGUGCAGAAAUUAUACAAAGCAUGGGAAGGCUACAAAAAGAAGCUUAGCAUUGGUGUGAUAUCUCCCUACGCUGCUCAAGUUGUGGCUAUCAAAGACAAAAUUGAACAAAAAUAUGACAACCUUGAGGGAUUCACAGUGAAGGUGAAGUCAGUUGAUGGGUUUCAAGGUGGAGAGGCAGAUGUCAUAAUAAUUUCUACUGUAAGAUCAAAUAAAGGUGGAUUUGUUGGCUUCAUGUCCAGUUUUCAGAGAACUAAUGUUGCAUUGACAAGAGCUCGGCACUGUCUUUGGAUUUUGGGAAAUGAAAAGACACUAGAUAGUAGUGAAUCAGUUUGGGAAGCGAUAGUCCGUGAUGCUAGGCAUCGCCAAUGUUUCUUUGAUGCUCAUUUAGAUAAAGAUUUGGCCAAAGCAAUAAUAGAUGUCAAGAAAGAGCUUCAUCAAAUGGAUGAUUUGUUCAAUACGGAUAGUAUACUUUUCAGAAGUGCUAGAUGGAAGGUUUAUAUCAGCGAUGACUUCAGAAAAUCAUUUGGAAAACUUACUUCAGUCCGUAUUAAAAAGUCAGUUAUGAACCUAUUACUGAAGCUUUCAAGUGGUUGGCGACCUAAAAAGAAGAAUGUCGACUCAGUUUGUGAGAGCUCUGCACAGAUCUUGAAACAAUUCAAGGUUGAAGGGCUCUAUGUUGUUUGCACCAUUGACAUUGUAAAGGAUUCAAUUUACAAACAAGUUUUGAAGGUUAGGGAUAUAUUGCCUUUGGAAGAAAUCCCAAAAUUGGCUAAACGCCUUGAUCGCAUGUUUGCUAUGUACACCGAUGAUUAUAUCGAUCACUGUAAGCAGAAAUGCUUCGAAGGGUAUUUGGAAGUUCCAAAGAGUUGGGUGAGAUCUUCUGACAUUGUCCAGUUCAAGCGUCUUGACAACCAUGUACAUGGCAAUGAGUCAAGUGGCGGUACAAUUGACGAUAGGAGUUAUGUUGAGAAUUCAAAGGUAAGUGAGAGCCUGUUGUUGAUGAAAUUCUACUCCUUAUCGUCUGGUGUGGUGAGCCACUUACUUUCUGACCGCGAUGGUAAAGAAUUGGACCUACCUUUUGAAUUAACAGACCAGGAAUCAGAGAUUAUCUUGUUCCCUAGAAGCACAUUUAUACUUGGACGGUCAGGAACAGGUAAAACCACAGUUUUGACAAGGAAAUUGUUCCAGAAGGAGCAACACCACCAUAUUGCUUCAAAAGGAAUUUAUGCAGAUGAGGCCAGUACUAGUACAGAUGUGAGCGAGAGGAACAAUGUUGGUGACUGCGUUGUAGAGAUUAAGGAUAGUGUCUUGCGCCAACUUUUUGUGACAGUCAGUCCAAAACUGUGUUAUGCUAUCAAACAACAUGUUUCUGGGCUGAAAAGGUUUGCUGAUGGUGGGAAUUUUUCUGGAGAAAACAGUUCAACCGAUAUGGAUGAUACAGCACAAUUUAUGGAUAUCCCAGAUUCUUUUCUUGACAUUGCUUCUAACAAAUACCCUCUUGUCAUCACAUUUCAUAAGUUCUUAAUGAUGCUCGAUGGAACAUUGGGCAAUUCAUACUUCGAAAGGUUCCUUGGUGGAAGCAGACUUUCUCAUUGUAGAACUAGUGGUUCAAGAUCAGUUGCUUUGGAAACUUUCUUAAGAACAAAGGAGGUUAACUAUGAGAGGUUCGGUUCAUUGUACUGGCCACAUUUCAAUUCUACGCUAACAAAGAAGCUCGAUCCUUCCAAAGUGUUUACUGAGAUAAUAUCUCAUAUAAAAGGUGGAUUGGGCGUGGGUGAGGCUCGUGAAGGUAGACUUAGUCAAGAGGAUUAUGUCCACCUGUCUGAGGGUCGGGUAUCUACUUUGAGUAAGCAGAAGAGAGAGAAAAUUUAUGAUAUCUUUCUAGGUUAUGAGAAAACAAAGAUGAAAAAGGGUGAAUAUGAUUUAGCUGAUUUAGUGAAUGAUCUUCAUUAUCGACUAAGAAAUGUAAUACUUGAGGGUGACAAAAUGGAUUUUGUGUAUAUUGAUGAAGUGCAAGAUCUUACAAUGAGACAAAUUUCUCUUUUCAAGUAUAUUUGCCAAAAUGUGGACGAGGGCUUUGUUUUUGCGGGUGACACAGCGCAGACUAUUGCAAGGGGAAUUGAUUUUAGAUUCGAAGAUAUACGAUCUCUAUUCUACAAUGAGUUCGUGAUGGAAUCAAGAGGCCGUGCAUUUGUUGGAACAAAGGAGAAAGGAUAUCUAUCAAACAUUUUCGGCCUUCACCAGAACUUCCGUACCCAUGAUGGUGUGCUUAGAUUAGCACAAAGUGUCAUUAACCUUCUUUACCGUUACUUUCGUCAUUCUAUUGAUGUUUUGGAACCCGAGACAAGUCUUAUAUACGGUGAAGCUCCGAUUCUUAUUGAGUCUGGAAAUGAUGAAAAUGCAAUUGUAACUAUUUUUGGAAAGAGUGGAAAUGUCAGUGGGGACAUAGUUGGCUUUGGCGCCGAGCAGGUCAUAUUAGUACGAGAUGAUUGUGCCAGCAAGGAAAUAUCUGACUAUGUUGGAAAGCAGGCACUUGUUUUGACUAUUGUGGAAUGUAAGGGCCUAGAGUUUCAGGAUGUGUUAUUGUACAACUUUUUCGGCUCGUCACCUCUGAAAAAUCAAUGGAGAGUAAUAUAUGAAUUUAUGGAAGAACAAGGAAUGCUUGAUGGUACUUGCAGUUCCUAUCCGAAAUUUGAUGAGGAAAGACAUAAUGUCUUGUGUUCUGAACUGAAGCAACUAUAUGUGGCAAUUACUCGUACGAGGCAAAGGUUGUGGAUUUGUGAGAAUACUGAGGAGCUCUCGAAGCCUAUGUUUGACUAUUGGAAGAAGAAGUGCCUUGUCCAAGUAAGGAAAUUGGACGAUUCACUUGCACAGGCAAUGCAAGUUGCAAGUAGCCCAGAAGAGUGGAAGAAACGGGGUAUCAAGCUCUAUCAUGAGAAUAACUAUGAGAGGGCAACGAUGUGCUUUGAAAGGGCUGGAGACACGAUGUGGGGAAAAAGGGCCAAGGCUUCUGGCCUUAAAGCAAAUGCAGAUCGUAUGUGUGGUUCAAAUCCUGAAGGGGCUUGCACGGUUCUUAGGGAAGCUGCUGAGUUAUUUGAUUCUAUAGGUAUGGCUAAGUCAGCUGCUGAAUGUUUUUGUGACUCGGGGGAAUAUGAAAGAGCAGGAAGAAUUUAUUUGGAAAAGUGUGGGGAAACUGAGCUGAACAAAGCCGGGGAAUGUUUCUCUCUGGCAGGUAGUUAUAAACUUGCAGCUAAAGUGUAUGCCUGUGGAAAAUAUUUUUCAGAGUGCUUGUCUGUUUGCACCAAAGGAAAGCUUUUCGACAUGGGUUUACAAUACAUUCAAGGCUGGAAACAAGAUGCCCAUAGAGACAAUGGUAUGAUGGUCAAAAGAAGUGAAGAAAUCAACAAAAUUGAACAACAGUUUCUUGAGAGUUGCGCACUUAAUUACUAUGAACUGAAAGAUAAUAGAUCCAUGAUGAAAUUUGUGAGAGCUUUUCACUCGAUGGAUUCAGUUCGCAACUUCUUGAAGUCUUUGGAUUGCCUCGAUGAGCUUUUAGUGAUGGAAGAAGAAUCGGGAAAUUUUUUGGAGGCUGCAAAGGUUGCAGAGCUAAGGGGAGAUGUUCUACGCAAGGCUGAUCUGAUUGGGAAGGCUGGACAUUUUAAAGAGGCGUCGAAGCUUAUUUUAAGGUACGUUUUCUCCAAUUCUCUGUGGGCAUCUGGAAGCAGAGGUUGGCCACUAAAGUGCUUUUUGCAAAAGGAGGAGAUUUUAGCUAAAGCCAAGUCGUUUGCAAAGAAAGAUUCAGACAUCUUCUAUGAGUUUGUUUGCACCGAGGGUAACAUUUUAUCAACUGAACAAUCUAACUUGUCCCAGUUGAGUCAGUAUUUGAACGCUUCCCGUGGUAAUAAAAGCCUCAGAGGUGAAAUCUUAUCCAUAAGAAAAAUUCUGGAUAUUCAUCUGCAGCCAAGUACCUCGAAGUAUGAUUGGGAAUAUGACUUAGUAGUGGAUUUGAUGAAGCAUUCACAAGAAAGCAUUUCACAUAACCAGGUGUCUGUUGUAACGCUGAUUUGCUUUUGGAAUCUUUGGAAAGAGAAGAUUGAGUAUAUCUUCAAGUACCUAGCUUGUCUUGAAACUCAUGAUGCUGAUGAAUAUUAUAGCUAUGGAGACUUCUGUUUGAAUUACUUUGGUGUGCGGAAGAGACAGUUGAAAAAUGGUAAUACCAGUAUCCAUUUUCUCAAUGCUGAUGCUGAUUGGGUGAGGGAAAUUGAUGACAGAUUUCUUCACAGAAAUGGAAAGUUGGUUUCUGCUGAUGCACGCCAUUUUGUUUCCGCCGCUCAGACUCAUUGGCGCUCAGAAUUGCUUUCUGUUGGUAUGAAGGUGUUGGAAACUCUCAAGGCACUUCAUAAGCUUGCAACUUCAAAUUCAAUGUCUGUUUUUUGCCAAAGCAUGCCUCUCGUUUAUAUCUUUGAGUUAAGAAACUCUUUUUUGGGGUCCAAGUAUGUUUCAUACAAGUACCAUGAAACUCAAACUUUGCAAAGUUUUCUGAACCUAUCUACUGCAUACUUAGAGAAUGUGUUUCCUUUAGAUUGGCGGGAAUCAUUAACAGAGAGUAUGAUUUCUCUAAGAGGGAGUGAGCUUUCCCGGAACGUUCUUGAGGAGGUUAUUCUUGAAAACAUCAAGGGUGACCUAACCUAUGGCCAAAUUGGGAGGAUUUUGAUGAUAUGGCUUGGUUCAGGAAAGCCAACUGAUGAACUAUACAAGAAGAUUGCAAAAAGUUUUGAAAAGAAUUCACCUUGGGGUGGAUUCAUUAAGGAGCUAAGUGGAAACAUAAAUUCAGAAAUUGUGCAGGAAUCUGCAUCAGGCAAUUCCUGUGAGGCUCCAAGAGCGGUGUAUUCUGUAUACAAGUUCUACAAAGCUUUGAAAGAUACUUAUUAUAAUGCCAACUGGAGACAAGCUGACUAUAUAUCGCCUAGUUGUUUCUUGUAUCUUAUAGAGCGACUUUUGAUAUUUGCAUCUGGCUUUCAAGGAUUCCUUCUCACCACAAAAUCUUCGUUUGUUGAAUGGCUUAUUUGCGAGCAAUCAAAUGCCAUCAGAACUGCUAAUUUAGUAACUGACAAUCGAUUUUCUAUGAGCUGCAUUUAUGAUUUUGUGGCUACCAUAAUCAAGGAUUUCUUGUACAAGCAGCAAGAUACAGCGGAAUGGAUUAAAAAAUCUCAUAUCAAUUUCAAUCAUUACUAUCCACUGCUGUUGUUGAGAUUGAUGGUUACAUUGUGCUUGCUUUGUGUGAACUGUGGAACUGGAAAGUAUCUUGAUUUACUUGUUGAUUUGAUGGGGAGGAGUGAUAUUACUAAGGGGCUACCGCCGGAAUUCAAUGAUGUCCUUAGGAGGAGGAAUCAUGUGAAAAUAGAUGUAAAUGUACUAGCAGAAGCGUGCAAGAAGAUUGGGAAUCCUCUUGUUAUAGCGAGCUUGGGAGAAAAUUGUUCGAAAUUUUCAUGUCCUGAUGCCAUUUUUGUGGACAUGAGACUUUCCCGGAGAAGAGAGGACAUCAUGAGAUUGUUGUUUCCUAUUAACAACAAAGCUCCUCGAGGUCAAACUGCAGCGGUUGAAGUGGAUAGAGCUAAUCACAAUCAGGGGGAGACAUCUAAGGCUCCACCUUCAAACUUAGCUGCCAUGGCAGAUCACAAGAUGAACAGUCAGAAUAUAAAUGAAGGCGACGUGCAAAUGUACUUUGGACUCUUUGUGCAAAUAUCUGAUGCUUUAAUGUCGGUGGAGAACGCAGGAGAUGGAAACGUUACAAAAUUUGUGUCUAGUGCCUCGAAGUUAAAGGUGGAGGUAGAGAAUGGUAUAAACUUUGUAUCUGCUGCUUUGUUUAAAGCCUUUGAGAAGAAGACUUGGGGUGAUGAGGAUGGAAACCUUCUUGUUGAAGCAAACUGCAUGCUUGAUGAAUUGAAGCAGCUGUCUUCUGCACUGGAUAUGAGUGAAAGGGAGCUAGAGGAAAACAUUUCAACAAUUGUGCAACUUUUGAAAAGGCUGCACUUGAGAAGGCCGAGGCUGGAAACAUUCUUGAACCAGCUGUUCUUUCUUAACAAUACAAAUGCUGAUGAAAAGGAAGCCGAUCAUAGCAAAAAGGAGGAAAAUGGCAAGUCGAUGAAGGGUGCCCUUGCUUCUUUCAGUAUCGCAACAUGGCAGUAUUUAAGAAAGAAAAAAGCUCGGGGUUGAAGGAAGCCAAACCACUGUUAUAUUUGACUUUAAGCAUUUCUUGUGUUCUUGUCUUGUGUAUACUAGUGUUCAAACCAUCAUAACCAGCAUUUGGUCAAAACAACAAGUCCUAAAUAAUCAUGUCUCUGAUCUGAACAACGAACAAAAUGUCUUUAACAUUUGGAUUGAUUGAGUACGUGAUAUGCCAUGUUAUAAGCCGGUGCCUUGUGCAUAUAGUACGAUCUUCUAAUGUACAAAAGCCACUACUGGACCAUCACAUACGCAUAAAAUGUGUUCAUUAAC